CAGCGCGCGCACACAACCCCCCAAAAGUCCAAAGCGCAGGCCGCUACUACCACCAAACCCCAUUUCGUUCAUUUCACCUGCUCUCUCUCUCGUCCUCUUUAUAUCUGCAAUUCUGCAUCGUCUCCUCUGAAAGAUUGUGAAAUCCUCUCUCUUCUCUUGGGACGGACUAGGGACGCUGCUGCUGCUCCUCCUUGAGGCAGAGCUCGCAGCCUUUUGCACCCUCACCUCGCGGGCUCCACUCAUCACAAAACCUCAAAUGCGCCCGUGCUCGUAGAAUCGAUUGGAUCAAAGGUUGUAGCUUUUUUGUAUUUCAAGGUUUGGGGGGGUAGCGCUGGCGAGGCUGAUGGUCCAGGACGAAGGCUCGUCGUCGUCGGUGACAUCCUCCCCGCUCCACAACUUCUCCAACAUGCCGCUCCACCCGGCCGCGGCGGCGUCGCCCACGCCGCCAUGGAUGGUGCGGGAGCUGCGUUCCGACGAGCGCGGGCUGUGCCUCAUCCAUCUCCUGCUCAACUGCGCCGCGGCGGCGGCGGCCGGGCGGCUUGAUGCUGCGAACGCCGCGCUCGAGCACAUCGCGUCGCUGGCGGCGCCCGACGGGGACGCCAUGCAGCGCGUGGCGGCCGCCUUCGCGGAGGCGCUGGCGCGGCGCGCGCUGAGGGCGUGGCCUGGGCUGUGCCGCGCGCUGCUCCUGCCCCGCGCGUCGCCCACGCCGGCCGAGGUCGCUGCCGCGCGCCGCCACUUCCUCGACCUCUGCCCGUUCCUCCGCCUCGCCGGCGCCGCCGCCAACCAGUCGAUACUGGAGGCCAUGGAGUCCGAGAAGAUCGUGCACGUCAUCGACCUCGGCGGCGCCGACGCCACGCAAUGGCUGGAGCUCCUCCACCUCCUCGCCGCGCGCCCCGAGGGCCCGCCGCACCUGCGCCUCACGUCGGUGCACGAGCACAAGGAACUCCUCACCCAGACAGCCAUGGCGCUCACGAAAGAAGCAGAGCGCCUCGACGUGCCGUUCCAGUUCAACCCGGUGGUGUCCCGCCUCGACGCCCUCGACGUGGAGUCCCUCCGCGUGAAGACCGGCGAGGCCCUCGCCAUCUGCUCCAGCCUCCAGCUGCACUGCCUCCUGGCGUCCGACGACGACGCCGCCGCCGUGGCGGGCGGCGACAAGGAGAGGCGGAGCCCGGAGUCCGGGCUGUCGCCGUCGACGUCGCGCGCGGACGCGUUCCUGGGCGCGCUGUGGGGGCUGUCGCCGAAGGUGAUGGUGGUGGCGGAGCAGGAGGCGAGCCACAACGCGGCGGGGCUGACGGAGAGGUUCGUGGAGGCGCUCAACUACUACGCGGCGCUGUUCGACUGCCUGGAGGUGGGGGCGGCGCGCGGGUCGGUGGAGCGCGCGCGCGUGGAGCGGUGGCUGCUCGGGGAGGAGAUCAAGAACAUCGUGGCGUGCGACGGCGGCGAGCGGCGGGAGCGGCACGAGCGGCUGGAGCGGUGGGCGCGGCGGCUGGAGGGCGCCGGCUUCGGCCGCGUCCCGCUCAGCUACUACGCGCUGCUCCAGGCGCGGCGGGUGGCGCAGGGCCUCGGCUGCGACGGCUUCAAGGUCCGGGAGGAGAAGGGCAACUUCUUCCUCUGCUGGCAAGAUCGCGCCCUCUUCUCCGUCUCCGCAUGGCGCGGCCGCCGCUUCGACUGACCGCCGCCGCCGCCGCUGCCGCCGCUCGCCGCCGCCUUCCCGUAUUUCUGCGAAGGAGACGCCGCCGCGACUAGAUUACUUGCUGCUGCUGCUGCUGAUGAACAUUCAUGGUUAAGCUAGUCUUUAAUCUUUUUCUUUUUCAUUUUUAGUAACUGUUUAGUUCCUUCUUCUGUUUGUGUCAUCUGGCUUAGGUCCAGGUGAAUUCGAUGUCCUUGUGUUGUUUUGUUCAUAGUGUGUGUGUGUCUCUCUCUCCGUUUUGGUUGAAAUGCAUAAUUUUCCCUAGGAAUCAAUCAAGUGAAGUUUACUGAACAA